AUGGAAAGAUGGUUCCUCCUCGCUGUCCUCCAGACAGGAAGAAUGUGGGGUGCAGGCCGAGCUUCUUCGCAGACUCAUUGGGUCGGUGCUGGCCUGAACCUGCAUAGAUGUUCGGAGGUGGGGACAGUUGCAUGCAGACGAGAAUACGUCGAGAAGCCGACAUAG